CCUUUUUGUUUUAUCUUUCAAUUUUUUUAAUUCCUUUUUUAAUUUAUAUUUCUAUACUUUGACUUGCUUUUGUAUUGAUUUACUUGAUCUAACUAAUAAGGUUCUCUCACCGAAAAGCAGAAAAAUAAUGUUCAAGUGGCGAGAUCUACUAUUCCUUUCAUUACUAUUUUUAUGUCUGAUUCAACUUACUUCAGCACAACAUGACCAUGCCACCAUGGGAAUGGAUGAGCCAGUACCAGCAUUCAAUGCAACAGGUGAUGAGUUGAUGUCCUAUGCUUUAUUUCCUGAAAAGAAGGGCUAUUUCUAUAUUCAUGUCGCAAUGAUGGUGAUAGCCUUUUGGGUGCUUAUGCCUAUUGGUAUCAUGUUGGGCAUAGCAAAAUCUUCAUUUCACGUACCUGUCCAGUUAUUAGCUUUCUGCUUUGCAAUGGCAGGUUUCUUCUUUGCACAACUCUAUGGUCAUUCGACGCCGCACCUUUAUAAAGGCAAUUCUCACCAUACACUCGGCUGGAUUCUUUUUUUAUUUAUGCUUAUUCAAAUGAGUGUGGGUGUUGUACGCAAAAUAGCCAAUGCAGUAGGCAGAAGAUCCAGCAAUGCUUACGAACGACUACAGGAAGUACAGCAACGUGAAUUUAUCCGUAGCGGAACAUCAUCUUCCUCGUCGGAUCAUCAAAGUGAAGCAAGCGGUGAUACUCUCCACAUGAAUGAAUUUGAUUUAGACAAGCAGGAAUAUAGACGGUCUUCUAAUCCUGAGAUUAACAAUGCGAACCACUCUACUGAUUAUGAAGAUGAUCCAGAAGGCGCAGAAGAAAACGAUCAGCUGGUAUCGUCCUUGAAUGACAAUCGCAGCAAAGUUGUCUUUGAGAAAGAGCCAGUCACCAUGCGUUUGUUCAACUUAGCCUCACCUUAUAUACCCAGUAUUGUUAAAGACGGCUUUGUGAUGCUUGCAUAUAACCCGUUUACAAAGGUUGUCUGUCGAUAUUUCCAUAUGAUAAUGGGCAGAACAUUCAUUGUUCUGAUUUUCGUUCAGACGCUGAGCGGUCUCGUUGUUUACCAUGGUGUUUGCAGAUCUUGGGAAGUCCUGGGCUGUAUUGCACAUCUAAUCAAAGGUGGCAUAUUCUUCUUUUACGGUAUGGGCACUUUUGGCCGAUAUUUGGGUGCCUUUGCAAAUCGCGGAUGGGCUUGGAAUAAGGUAGAAGGUGCAUCUGGCUUCAGUUUUGAAAUGGUUGAAUGUAGUCUCAUCUUUGUAUAUGGUAUCACAAACACUUGGAUGGAACAUUUUGGUCAAGAUUCUGCUUGGACUCACAAAGAUUUGGAACAUGCUAGUUUAGCAUUCAUGUGGUGGUGGUGUGGCUUAGUUGGAAUUCUUGUGGAGAGUAGAGCAGUGAGACGUCUGUUAGAGCGUACUAUUUUGACAAAUACGAAUAAUACAACAGUAGACAGGGAAGGGUAUUCGUGGAAUCCUUUCCCAGCUUUGACCGUUCUUAUGACGGGCAUUUCAAUGGGAAAUCACCACCAGGAUACAGCUUAUUCUUCGAAUAUACAUUACAUGUGGGGUCUACUACUAGCUACAGCAGCUUUGUGCAGAUUUAUUACUUAUAUCACAUUGUAUCGUAACCCACCCAAAGAUUCUCAACCAACCAGACCACCUAGUGAACUCGUCGGUGCUUUCUUGUUAACUGCAGGAUCUAUUUUGUUCAUGGCUUCUAAUUCUGGCACAUUAUUAUGGUUGCGCCGUAAUAAUGUUGAUUCCAUGUUUUUGAUGAAUGUUUGUGUUGCAUUUACAUCUAUAACCUUGACGUACGUGGCCACAUUAAUGGUGAUCAAAGCCUGGUCAGAGAAACGAGAGUGGAACAAAAGGCAAGCUCGACAAAGCACGAUAGAAUCAUUCUAGACCUUGUUUUUGCUGUCCAAUGUUGAUAUUUGAUUAUGAUGCGUACUCUGCUUUCUGUUUCCUAAAACUAAUCUUAAUAUUUAUGAUGACUCUACUUACUAUACUCUAAUAUUCCUGUACUUUCACUUCCUAUAAUACUUACUUGUUAAUAAAAUAUUCUCGAUGAUCGAUUAUUACGAUACUUAUAUUGAUUUCAGCAUAUUUUCUCAUGCUUAUGAUGGUUGUAUCUGCGUGAAUAUAUUGUCUAGCUGACUAUCUAGGGCAGCAGGCCAAGAUUUGCUGGGGAAGAAUUCCUGUCAACGUUGGCUUAGGGAUCAGGGAGACUGAAGGGAAACGGUCUGCAAUUCUUCAAUGAAAUUUCC